CUCGCCUCCUGCUUCCCGGCCCACCUGCCUCCUCUGCCCUUCCGCCUGCCUUUCGGACCCCAGCUGCGGAGAGCAGGGAGAUGCUGCCGUGGAAGAGAAACAAAUUCGAGCUGAUCGAGGAGGACGCUAAGCAGGCGGCUAAGGCCAAGGGCUAUGCGGUGAGCCUCAACUACUCGGCGCUCACGUCUCUGGCCAAGGCGUGCCCGGAGAGCGCCCUCACCCGGGUGGGCAGCAUGUUCAAGUCGAAGCGAAAAAAGGUCAAGAUCACUAGCGAGGACCCCACGUACACUGUGCUGUACCUGGGCAACGCGACCACCAUUCAGUCGCGCGGCGAGGGCUGCACCGACCUGGCGGUGGGUAAGAUCUGGGGCAAGAGCGAGGCGGGCAAACAUGGCACCAAGAUGAAGCUGACCAUCAGCGCGCAGGGCAUCCGCAUGGUGCACGCCGACGACCAGGCGCUCAAGCGGCCGGGCCACCUCUACCUGCUGCACCGCGUCACCUACUGCGUGGCCGACCCGCGCCUGCCCAAGGUCUUCGCCUGGAUCUACCGGCACGAGCUGAAGCACAAAGCCGUCAUGCUUCGCUGCCACGCCGUGCUCGUGUCCAAGGCCGAGAAGGCCAAGGCCAUGGCGCUGCUGCUCUAUCAGACGUCGGCCACGGCCCUGGCCGAGUUCAAAAGACUCAAGCGGCGCGACGACGCGCGCCACCAGCAGCAGCAGCUGGUGGGCGAGCAGAGCAUCCCGCUGGUGCCGCUUCGAAAGCUCUUGCUGCACGGGCCCAGCUGCUACAAGCCUCCCGUCGAGCGGAGCCGCAGCGCGCCCAAGCUGGGCUCCAUCACAGAGGACCUGCUGGGCGAGCAGCAGGAGCUGCAGCAGCAGCAGCAGCAGCAGCAGCAGCAGCAGCAACAGCGCGAGCAUCUCUUCGGUGACGCGGACGAGGACCCUGCCGCCCCCUACGACGGCGAGGAUGAGGAUGACCUGGCCCUGGACUUGGACCUGCCCCUGGACGGCGAGAGCGAGGACGUGGAGGCAGAUGGGGAGGCGCAACUGCAGCCUCACCUCGGGGCCUCGCCCGUGGAAUGUGGGGACCUCCUGGACACACUGGACCCGCGGCGGGCCGGCGCACUGCUGCUAGCCGGGUCGGCCGACGGGAAGCGCGAGCUCUCCCGGCUCAUCGGCGACCUCGGCGAGCUCAGCAUCGGCAACGACGUGCAGAGCCUGCGGGCCGACCUGCGUGUCACCCGGCUGUUGUCGGGCGAGAGCACGGGCAGCGAGAGCUCCAUAGAAAGCGGCUGUCAAGACGCGGGGGGCUCGCCAGGGCUUGCCAACGGACUGGAUGAGGCCGGGCCAGAGCCCGGCCCGGGCUGAGCUCGAUCUAGGCUGCUGUUUGGGGCGACCUUGGACUGCAGGCGCCUCCCCUGCCGCCGCCGCCGCCGCUGCUUCCCCUCUUUCCCCUUCCAACCGCUCCCCUGUCCGCUGCUGCUGUUGCUGCCGCUGGUCCUGCUUUCAGCUGUGCACGCCCCGUCUGGUUGCUUGGGCUCUGGGCACCGGCCUGGGCACCUCCCAGCCCUCUCCCACCAGUCCUUCUUGAGCCUUCAGCGGCAGCGGCUAGGAGAGCGAGCAGACGUCUGCCGGCGAUGGACGCCUAGGCGUUGGCCUCCUCUUUCUGGGGAUCGGGCGGUGCUGGCCGGGCUGGGCGGAAAGCCCUGUUCAGUUGGUUCUCCCGGGGUGGGAGGACACACGGGUAGGCCUGGCUGUGAACUGGCUCAGGGAGCCGCCAACUUCCUCGGGCUGCUUGUUUGUGAGGGGAGAGGGAAGGGGUGUGUGUGUGUGUGUGUGUGUGUGUGUGUGUGUGU